AUGGCAGAACCGUCUGCACCAACAAAACAGGUGCACACGAUCGUGCUCGAUGCCGGCCCCAUCCUAAAAAACGUUCCCCCGCUAUCGACAUUACUCGCCCAAGCCGAAGAAUUAGUGACCACUCCAGCAGUGGUAGGAGAAAUCCGUGAUCCCGUUGCUCGAUCCCGCGUUGAGACAUUAUAUCUUCCAUUCUUGAAACAAAGGACACCAUCGCCCAAAAGUGUGCAGGUCAUAAGCGAGUUUGCGCGCAAGACUGGUGAUCGUGCCGUGUUGAGUAAAGUUGAUAUUGAGAUUUUGGCGCUUGCGUAUGAGAUUGAGUGUGAGAGAAAUGGUGGUGAUUGGAGGUUGAGGAGUGUGCCUGGUCAGAAGAGGGUGAAUGGCAAGCCACCCGUUAAGGAGCCAGAGGCAUCGGCAGAAAAUGCUACAACUGAGAAAGAAGUUGGUGAUGAGGCCGCCGAGGGAGCCCCAGGAAAGGAGGAAAUAAACGGUGAAAAUACUACGACAGAUAUUGAUACUGUUGCUGAAGACUUGGCCAAAACAACAAUCAAGGAGGACGUCGCUCAAAGCACCGAAACAACCGAAGCUGCCUCUGAAGAAAUUGUCCCUAAUGUUGAUGGUACAGUGGAAGAUGGCGCGGAAGAGGUUAUUGUUGAGAUCGUCGAAGAUGAAGAGGAAGGUGAAGAUUCAGACGGCGGUGGUGAAUGGAUCACACCCUCGAACAUCAAGAAGAAGCAAGCUCGUGAUGAAGAAGCUGGAUUAUCAGGAUCACCAGAGCCUAAAGUCAUGCAAGUUGCCACUAUGACAACUGAUUUUGCUUGUCAAAAUGUUCUUCUACAAAUGAACUUGAAUCUGCUAUCAACAACGACGCUCCAAAGGAUCCGUCACCUUAGGACAUUCGUCAAGCGUUGCCACGCAUGCUUUUCCAUCACAAAAGAAAUGAAUAAACAAUUCUGUCCUCGCUGUGGAAAAGAUACUCUCACCCGAGUCUCAUGCUCGACUGACGCCAACGGCCAAUUCAAACUCCACCUCAAGAAGAACAUGCAAUGGAAUAACCGCGGCAACGUGUUCAGUGUCCCCAAACCCGUCCAUGGGUCUUCCAAUGGUAAAUGGAAAGGAGGCGGUGGACAAGGAGGCUGGGGCACAGGGCUCAUUCUUGCUGAGGAUCAAAAGGAGUAUAGCCGUGCAGUGACGGAUGAAAAGCGGCAGCAAAGGAGAGAACGUGAUCUUAUGGACGAAGAUUAUCUUCCUGGCAUCUUGACUGGUGAAAGACAUAGAUCUGGUGGUCGAGUUAAGGUUGGAGCUGGUCGUAAUGUCAACUCGAGAAGACGAUGA